UCAUUCCUAUUGUUGUCGUGGUUAUUCUAAUAUUAGUGUACUGGAAAGAGAUCUUUUAUAGGUGUUUAUUGUUGUUUAUCAAAACUUGGUUUAGGUAUUUUCAUUUGGGAGUAACCGCUCUGCACAAUUUUCUAAUAACUGGAAGAAAAUUGCUUCUCUGUUGGAUGGCAUGGCAAAUACUGGAAUGGUUGAACUUGGAGAAGUUCAGCUUGCUACUUACCUUGCUGAGAAGACAUUUACAGGGCAGCCUUCCUUUCAAAAUGGCUUGCAUUCACUCAUUGCAUUUCCCUCUGGAUGUAACACUGCAAAUUGUCUAAUUAGGUAUGAGGGAGAGCUUUCUGUUGAUGCUGUUACUAAUUGGUUUGCAACCACGAUCCUAAGUUUGCCUCGCAUUCUAUACUACUCAAAGGAUUCAUUGGUAAUAAAUACACUCUUUCCUGGGUCCAUAUGCACAUUUUGUUACGACUAAAUUGUGAUGUAGGAUAGUUUAGGAAACUUGGAUGAUGCUGUCUACACUUGAAUUUUUAGUAGUUUUAGGGCCAAGAAAGGUCGUGGGUUUAGAGUUCAAUAAGGUUGGAUGGUUCUAGUGUUUGUGACCGUAACAGAUUAUAAUUAUCUUGAAUUUUGAAGUUAAUUUGUGGAGAAUAAGGUAGAAGGAAUGAACUUUUGUUGGGAACGAUUUACUAGGCUUGCAUUAC